AUGCAGUCUAUCCUACGCGCCAGAGUGCAGCCCUUGCGGUGGCAGCACUUGACUUGCCGCAUUCCUCCCGCUUCGCGUGCUCUGAACACCUACGCGAGCUUCAAAGUGCCACAGAUCAGCAACGAGCCUAACAGUUCUCAAACGUUCACCCAAAGCAACCCCGCCUCCCAUGCUCCUCUUGCGACCUAUUCCCAUGCAUCCAAAGCCGAUGUCGAGGCUGCUAUUGACGCUGCUCUCGCUGCGCGCAAGUCAUGGGCCGCGGCUCCGUUUGCAGAGCGUGCGAGCAUUUUCCUCAAGGCCGCCGAUCUCAUCUCUACCAAGUACCGAUACGAUAUUAUGGCUCUGACGAUGCACGGCCAGGGCAAGAACGCAUGGCAGGCCGAGAUUGAUUCCGCGGCGGAGCUAAUUGACUUCUUCCGCUUCGGUGUGAAGUAUGCGGAGGAGCUGUAUGCCCAGCAGCCCGCCCACCACUCCCCAGGCGUCUGGAACCCGUUCAACUUCACCGCUAUCGGUGGGAAUCUGGCCGGGGCACCUGCUCUGAUGGGCAACGUUGUUCUAUGGAAGCCCUCUCCAUCCGCUAUUGCCUCGAACUGGCUUGUCCACCAGAUUCUCCUCGAGGCCGGCUUGCCCAAGAACGUCAUUCAAUUCGUGCCCGGUGACGCCGAGGAGGUCACCAGCACCGUGCUCAACCACCGCGAAUUCGCCGCUCUACACUUCACCGGUAGCACAGACCUACCCCGCAUUGUCGGCGAAACUGGCGGCAAGAACUUCCAUCUUGUACACAAGUCUGCCGACGUGCGUAACGCGGUCGUUCAGACUGUGCGGGGCGCUUUCGAGUACCAGGGCCAGAAGUGCAGCGCUACCUCACGCGCAUAUGUCGCUGCCUCGAUUGCGGACGACUUCAUCGCACAGCUGACUGCGGAAGUCAAGCAGCUGCAGGUCGGUGAGCCCACCGACUUCUCGAACUUCUGUGGGCCCGUCAUCCACGAAGGCUCGUUCAACAAGCUGGCGGGUGUCAUUGAUGAGGCGAAGAAUGAUCCCGAGCUCGAGCUUCUGGCCGGGGGUUCCUACGAUUCCUCAAAGGGCUGGUACGUCCAGCCCACUGUGUACCGGACCUCUAACCCCGACCACCCUCUCCUCUCACGGGAGCUCUUCGGUCCCAUCGUCGUCGUGCACGUGUACAACGACGCGACGGAGGCGGACUUCGUCAAUAUCUGCGAGAAGAUCGAUAGUACGGGCGUCUACGGAUUAACGGGCUCGGUCUUUGCACAGGAUCGCGAGGCUGUUCAGGUCGCUGAUGAGCAUCUCCGCAAUGCCGCCGGCAACUUCUACAUCAACUGCAAGAGCACUGGAGCUGUUGUUGGCCAGCAGCCGUUCGGUGGUGCUCGUGCCAGCGGGACCAACGAUAAAGCUGGAAGCGCGAACCUGCUCUCCCGCUUUGUGAGCUUGCGCUCCGUGAAGGAGGAGUUUGUUCCCACUUACACUGUCGCCUAUCCUAGCAAUGCGAACUAA